AUGGCUUCCCGAAGAAACGUACCCGGAGCCUUUCCAUUGGAUAAUUCCAUGGCCGGGAAUGCAUCAGGAGAAGAUGAUGAAGUUAUAUCUGAAGACGAAGAUGAUGAGGAUGAGGAUGAAGAUUUCGAGGAGGAUAUAGACGAUGACGACGAGAACGAAGCUGGAUUUGAAGUGCAGCUUGAGAUGGAAGAUGAUGAAAAUGAAGGUGCCACCGCAGCCGAUCACAGUGAGACCUACACAUCCUUCACCUUGCUCCAAACCAUCUGGCUUAUACUUCGAUUAUCUUUAGCUCGGCGAACACAAAAUCUUCUUCGAAUGUUAGCCGCCCACCCGGAUGUUCGGAAUAUAAUACGUUUUUCCGCUGACAUCGACGAGGACGAGUUAAUCGGGUGGCCACGAAGACGGAGGAGAAGCCCACCAGAUCCAAAUAGGUUUCCAAAAGUGCCCAGUAUUGCUGGGGCGGAAUUGAUGGCCUCGGGUGAUUUUGGAUCUAAUUAUGCUCAAAGUUCAGGCACAGAUAAUCAGGUCAAGGCCCGGAAACGUCUGGCCAGGAGAAUAUUAGAUCGGGAAAUAGCAUCAGGUAACUUUGCGAAUCAGAGGAUAAAUCGAAGAAUCAUAGCACAGGAAAUGUUACCAUCCUCGAACGCCGAUACCAUAAUCAAUCAUGAUGAACCUGUAUACUCGGGUCAAUUUUCGGAUGAUGGUAACUUCUUCUUUGCCGUCACCAAGGAUUUCAAAGUCCGCAUGUAUGAUACAUCAAAUCCAUACAAGUGGACCUACUACAAAACUGUCGUUUACCCCUUUGGACAAUGGACACUCACUGAUGCUUCGCUAAGCCCCGACAACAAAUACCUUGCCUACAGCUCCAUAAGGAGCACCGUUUGUCUCGCUCCGACUGACCCAAAUGAUCUGGGAGAUCCUUACAAUCUGGAUCUAGCCGAUACAAUGAAUGGACGGAAUCCUAACCUAGCAAUUGGUGAGCGGCGAGGGUCGUUUGGUAUCUGGUCAAUUCGAUUUUCUGGCGAUGGACGUCAGCUUGUCGCUGGAACUACUGGUGGCUCUAUUGUUGUAUACGACAUUGAGUCCCGCCGUACGCUUUUCAGGAUUUUUGGUCAUGAAGAAGAUGUCAACGCAGUAUGCUUCGCCGACAAAUUAUCGCCCCAUAUUCUUUAUUCCGGAUCAGAUGAUGCAACCAUCAAGGUAUGGGAUACCAGGAGUAUGGGUGACAGUCGAGAAGCCGGUGCAUUCAUUGGUCACAUUGAAGGGCUGACGUAUCUUGAUAGCAAAGGAGACGGUCGUUAUAUACUCAGCAAUGGCAAAGAUCAGAGCAUGAAGCUGUGGGACCUACGUAUGGUCAUGAGUUCAGCUAAAUUCUCCCACAUCAGGUCAAAUGGACGUCGACCGGGAACAGGCUUUGAUUAUCGAUGGGGAGCAUACGACGAGGACGAUUGGUACCACGAUAAAAACGAUAAUUCUUUGGUCACAUUUAGAGGUCAUAAGGUAAUGCGAACUUUGAUAAGGUGCCAUUUCUCUCCACCGGGAAGUACCAAUUCAAGAUAUGUCUACUCUGGAAGUGAGGAUGGUAAAGUUUACAUAUGGAACAUGGAUGCAACGCUCGCGGGUAAGGUCGAUGUUCUCCAGGCAACGGAGGGCACAAGACCACCUCCUGAAAAUCAAUGGCAUGGAGGAUGGCACGAUAAUUUGGACGAAGUGGAUUACUCGAGAUGGGAAACUGUCGUUAGAGAUGCUAGCUGGCACCCCACAGCUCCCAUGAUAGCUGCAUCUGCGUGGAACGGUCAUGGUACUGAGCAGGGCACCGUCACUACUCAUUCUUGGAAUGAGGGUGCUGAAGAUGAUGAGGCCGAGCCUAAAAUGGGAUUGAGGGUGAACGCGAAAUUAGAACAUGAUCCUCGCCUUUACGAAAGUCGUACGAGAAGUUCCGCUAGACUUCGACAUGCCGGAGGACUUUUGACGGACCCUGAGGAUAGUGAUAAUUAUGAUGAUGAAUAG